AUGAAGCUGUUGGAGAACUCCAGUUUUGAAGCCAUAAACUCCCAGCUGACAGUGGAGACGGGCGACGCUCACAUCAUUGGCAGGAUCGAGAGCUACUCAUGCAAGAUGGCUGGUGAUGACAAGCACAUGUUCAAGCAGUUCUGCCAGGAGGGGCAGCCACACGUCCUGGAGGCCCUGUCACCUCCUCAGACCACAGGGAUCAGCCCCAGCAGGCUCAGCAAAAGCCAGAGUGGUGACGAGGAGGGACCCCUGAGUGACAAGUGCAGCCGCAAGACCCUCUUCUACCUGAUUGCCACGCUCAAUGAGUCCUUCCGCCCAGACUACGACUUCAGCGCUGCCAAGAGCCACGAGUUCAGCCGGGAACCCAGCCUCAACUGGGUGGUGAACGCUGUCAACUGCAGCCUCUUUUCUGCUGUCCGGGAAGAUUUCAAUGCCCUGAAGCCACACCUGUGGGAUGCUGUGGACGAGGAGAUCUGUCUGUCCGAGUGUGACAUCUACAGCUACAACCCCGACCUGGACUCAGACCCCUUUGGCGAGGAUGGCAGCCUCUGGUCCUUCAACUACUUCUUCUACAACAAGAGGCUGAAGCGAAUCGUCUUUUUUACCUGUCGCUCCAUCAGUGGGUACACGUACACGCGCUCGGAGCCGGGCACCGAGCUGGACAUGGAUCUCGGUGAGGGAGACAUGGAGGAGAACAGGGAUGCUGGCGACACCGAGAGCGGCAGCAUCGAGGAGGACAGGUUGCAAGUUAUUUGCAUGUGA